ACCACAAACUCAGAUUCUGAAGUCACAAAAAUAUCCACAUAACAUAUGGCCCCCACCAAUUUAUUUUGAUUUUCAGUAUCUUCAAUUCAUAAACAUUCCGACAGACCAAUAAGAACUUCAUAACAAUAACUCAACCUCAGACCUUAACAUUUUCGGUUAAUAAUAGUAACUUGAAGCUUUGGAUGAUGGUUGCUCUUACUCUAGUCAGUCCACACUCAACUUGUUCAUUUUCCCAACUUCAUACAAAAUCUCAGCCUGCACCUCUGCAGUUUUAUUUAAGCCCUGCUAAUGAAACUAUUACCUGCAGACCAUUUAGAUCUUUUGGCCGCAGAUUUGUGACACGCUCUGUCCCUUCAGGCCUACGUAUCCGCAGUGCAGCAACAAAACCUGCAAAAUCACCAGUUGAAGAAGAAUGGAAGAAGAAGAGGGAGGUACUUCUCGAGAAAAGGGUUCGGAGCGUUGAUGUGAAGGAAGCUUUUAGAUUACAGAAUGAAAACAACUUUGUCAUACUUGAUGUCAGACCAGAAGCAGAAUUUAGAGAGGCUCAUCCACCAGGUGCUGUUAAUGUACAAAUAUUUAGGCUUAUAAAGGAGUGGACAGCAUGGGAUAUCGCUAGGAGGGCAGCCUUUGCCUUUUUUGGCAUAUUCGCUGGAACAGAAGAAAAUCCUGAGUUUAUAGAAAGUGUUACAUCAAAACUAGACAAGAGCUCCAAAAUAAUAGUUGCUUGCUCAACAGGGGGAACAAUGAAACCAACGAUGAAUCUUCCUGAAGGCCAACAAUCAAGGUCACUUAUAGCCGCUUACUUGCUGGUCCUUAAUGGUUAUACUAAUGUCUACCACCUAGAAGGAGGGCUUUAUACCUGGUUCAAACAAGACCUGCCAGCAGUUACGGAAAAUGAAGAGUGAAUCAGAAAAUGUUCGUUUAAACCGAAAAAAUAGCUUCUAUGAAGGAAAACACGUUCAAUUCAGAAGCAGUGGUCCAGAUGAUAAAUGCUGUUAUCUCAUACUCAUGCCACAAAAUUGUGCCCCUGAAAUCACUCUUUCCCUGGUAAUUGUAUAAAGUGAGCUUUGUUGUCCUUGAGGAUCUGAUCAACAGUGAGAGCAUUUGGAAAGGUGUAUUGUUCGUGAUUGAAAUGCUAUAUACAUCAUACUUUCAAAUCUUAAUUAUCAGUAGGCAAAAAGUUUCUAGCCAGGCAAUGCUUUGGAUCAAAACAAACUUUAAAAGUAUUUUAGCACAAGCUUUGAACUAUUACAAGGCUCUGGUUGUGUUUGACUUUGACAAGUCAAUAUCUUUAGUACUGUUUUUGACUGUGUGUAUAACAAUCCAGUGAUCAACUUUUGUUUUUGGAUCAAAAAUUGAACUUGAUACUAAUGCGGUAUUGCCGUCAUUUUUUUA